AGGUGCGUGUGCCUUAGUGGCUCAUUUGCGCCUUGGCUUUGGAGCGGGUUGUACACAGACGCACUGACCGCUGGUAGUAGCAUCUUUUAGCCUGGUAACACAGAGUCCACGGAGCUUCCACUUUUCUGGGCCGAGUAACCCAACACAGCCGCCAAAAUGUGUGACAUGGGGGGACUUGAUAACUUGGUGGCCAACACGGCCUACCUGAAAGCCCAAGGGGGAGAUGACAAGGAGAUGAAGAAACGUCGCCGAAGUCUCUCCCUACCCAAGACGGAUGAAUGUGUAGCACUCAGGUCAAGUCUGGAGAAGGACUUUGAGUCCCUCUGUGAAAAGCAGCCAAUAGGAAAAAAGCUGUUCCGCCAGUUUCUCGAUCAAGCGGGACCAGAGUGCCUUGCUGCUGCUGAAUUUCUGGAUGAUCUGAAUGAUUGGGAAUUGUCAGAGGCUGCUGCCAAAGACAAGGCCCGUACAAAUAUCAUUAAUAAAUUCUGCAAGGAUGGCUCCAAGAGCUCCCUCACCUACCUGACUGGAGAUGCAGCAACCAAGUGCAAGGCAGUUACAGACAAAGAUUUUGAGGAGGUGAUGGGACAAGUGAAGGAAGCCACCAAAGAGUUUCUCAAAGGCAAGCCAUUUACAGAAUACCAGACCACCCAGUUCUUUGACAGGUUUUUACAGUGGAAAGAAUAUGAGAAACAGCCCAUCACUGAAAAAUACUUCUAUGAAUUCAGGACACUUGGCAAAGGUGGAUUUGGAGAGGUGUGUGCAGUGCAGGUGAAAAACACUGGCCAGAUGUACGCCUGCAAGAAGCUGUGCAAGAAGCGUCUCAAGAAGAAACAUGGUGAGAAAAUGGCCCUUCUGGAGAAGAAGAUCUUGGAGAAGGUCAACAGCCUGUUCAUUGUUAGUCUGGCUUAUGCUUAUGACACCAAAACCCACCUCUGCCUGGUCAUGAGCUUGAUGAAUGGAGGUGACCUCAAGUAUCACAUCUAUAACAUUGGUGAGAAGGGUAUUGAAAUGGACCGGAUCAUCUAUUAUACAGCUCAGAUUGCUACCGGGAUCCUGCACCUACAUGCCAUGGACAUUGUCUACCGUGACAUGAAGCCUGAGAAUGUGCUCUUGGACAGCCAAGGCCAGUGCCGUCUUUCAGAUCUCGGUCUUGCUGUGGAGCUUCCAGCUGGAAAGACCAUCACCCAAAAGGCUGGAACUGGUGCAUAUAUGGCCCCUGAAAUCCUAACCGAAACCCCAUACAGGACAUCAGUGGAUUGGUGGGCCCUGGGCUGCAGUAUCUAUGAAAUGGUGGCUGGCUACACCCCCUUCAAAGGUCCUGAAGCCAAAAAGGAGAAGGUGGAGAAGGAGGAGGUUCAGAGGCGUAUCAUCAAUGAGGAGCCCAAGUUUGAGCACAAGAACUUUGAUGCCGCCACCAUAGACAUCAUCAAGCAGUUCCUUAAGAAGAAGAUUGAUGAACGUCUUGGCUGCAGGGGUGACGAUCCCAGGAAGCACGAGUGGUUCAAGUCCAUCAACUUUGCUCGUUUGGAGGCUGGCCUUAUCGACCCUCCGUGGGUGCCCAAACCCAACGUUGUCUAUGCAAAGGAUACAGGUGACAUUGCCGAGUUCUCUGAAAUCAAGGGUAUUGAGUUUGAUGCUAAGGAUGAUAAAUUUUUCAAAGAGUUCAGCACAGGUGCUAUACCCAUUGCCUGGCAAAUGGAGAUGAUCGACUCCGGACUCUUUAAUGAGCUCAACGACCCCAACCGGAAAGAGUCAGCUGCGGGUUUGGAUGACGACAAAAAAUCAGGCACUUGCACACUCCUGUGAGGAAACAAUCCAGCCACCCAGCCCUGAAUUCACCAGCAAAUGUAACUGCAUUCAGUGGCAUCACUAGAGAAACGGUGUUGCUCUGUGUUGAAGAAGAGUGAAGCACGGCUGGAAAGAGAUGGGACAUUAGUCCAUUGUAGCAUAAGAUUCUUGUUGCUUCAGUUACAGAGCCACGGGGUCUGAGAAACACUCUAGACCGUCCAUGAUGUGGUGGACUGAGCUUUGGACCAGACAGGGAAGUAGGUGCUCACCUUCUUCUUUGCAGUUCCUUUAUGUCUUGUGAAGUAGUUAACCUCCUAUCCAUCAGGGGGUGCAAGUAAAAUUACCAUUCCAUAUUGAGAAGAUGAUAGAAGAGUAGGUGAGAUCUACAGGCCAGCUAAACAGACUUUGAGAUUAUGAUGUAACUGUAGCAACAUAAGUGUGUGUGAUCAGAAGCCAGAGAUGUCUGGAUACACAAAGAUGAGUCAUCCACAGGAAGAAGCAGCUUGCAUUCCAAACAUCUCUCGCCUUGCCAAAGUUUAUUUGUGGAUUAGUUAAAGUGUGUACUGGUACACAAUUUGCAGCUACACAUACUAGAGGCUACCUAUCACAGAGGUAAACAGAUAAAAAGCUACAUUCAAACGAAAGUGCUUUUGAAUUGUGUAAUUGUAAGAAGUUUCACACUUAUUGCUCUGUGUUGCAAUAACUCAUGACCUCCAAGCUUUACUGGUUUGAUAGCAGGGCUAUUCUGAUUAUGCACCUAGAGUUUAAAAUACAUUUUAUGUAUAAAUAUGUACAUAUACAAAAUAUAUAUGAUGUAAUAAAUCUCUCUAUAUAUCAAUAGCUCUGAAUUGAACUAAAAAUAGAACUUGGUUACUUCGCAUUUAAAGAUGACAAUUCCAUUUGUGUUUUGUUACUAAUGUCCCAUGAUAUCAGAGUGAUAAAGUUGUAGACAGCAGACAGCCUGAGCAGGACAGUUCACCUGAAAAGACUUAAGAUGUCAAUCCUCAAGGUCACAAAGAUAGGGCUUUGGUACUGAUAUGUCUGCUCAAUCCUCACCAGUUGCACUACGUAACCAAGGUAGAGGUUGUGUCCCUUUAGUCCUCAGUGGUGCUGCAUUUAUGAUGCUGAACAAAGAGAUGCACUGAGCAAAACCUGUUACUGUGAAAUAUAUGUGGCAUAAAAUGGACCAAACAACUUGUCUGCAAAUGAAUUAUUUGUUCUUUAUCUUUGCCAGAGUUUGGUUUAUACCGUUUGUGUGAUAAGUCAUAAUGGUUAUAAUGCAAUUGUAAAUAAACCUUCACAGAAUGAUUCUGUAUAGAAAUAUCUGAUAUUCAACAUGGACGAGGAUUCAUGAU